GGGGGCAGGGUCGGCACGACGGCAGCUUCAGCUUCUGUUUUGGUCCGGCUCAUGUCGAUUCUCGCCCAGAUUUCGCAACGGCCACGCGUAGACAGAUACGGAGAUAUCCAUCUAUCACCAGGUACCAGUAUCUCAUGGCUGCAGUGGAAGCGGAGGACGACGCAAUUCCGACGGUUCCCGUCGUGACUCUGCAUCCGGAAGCUACCGAUAGUAACGGCGCCGGAAGAUGGGCCAUCGCCCUGACGACCGUUUUCACGCCCCCGGCAGGGUGCGUCUGGCCCAUCAUCCCCGACAUCAACCGCCCAGCGACUUGUAACCCGCCCUACUUUCAGCAUGCAGGCCCCCAAUGGCUAGGCUACUACUCCCCUGGCAUCUGUCCCUCGGGAUACACCGUCGGGUGUAUCCCCGACAGCUCCGUAGAGACGUUCAACGAUGAGCGAAUAAAGCCUGGCGAGACCGUCGGCGUCUGCGUUCCGGUGUCAUACGCAUGCCCUACGGACAGUGACAGACUGCCUCUCACAUCGGGUGUCAUGGCAGUUUCCUAUUACACCACGGAAACGACCCAGACAUACUCAGAGGCGCGCAUCGUCCAUAUCCGCUGGCAGUCCUCGGAUCUCUCGCUUUUCGAGACGCCUCCGCUGCCCGGACUCACAGUCAGCAGAACCAGCACUCCGCCCCAGUCUGCAACCGGUCGCUCCGAGACGGAGACAUCGACUGCUAAUACCACGACAGGGCAGCCGGGCGCUGUCUCAUCGACUGCCCCUGCGGUCCCAGGCUCAAGCAGUGCGGCCCUUUCCAGCGGGGCCAUCGCGGGGAUUGUGACCGGCGUGGGGCUGGCGGCUAUCUUGGGUGCUCUGGUCGCCUUCUUCGUCAUGCGGACGCGUCUGAAGGCUGCGAGGGCGUCUUCUCGGGUCGCUACUGAUUUCCGCUUGGGAGAAACGGCCGAGCUGGAGGAUACUACGAUGCGAGUAAGCCCGGGGAUUACAGCUACUAGGAUGACAAACGGCCACACGGAGGGCGGUGCUGUCGAGCUGAGCGGUGAGCCGCAGCCAACCCGGGAGCUCCCUGGGUAACUGGUUUAGAGGCCUGUAUAGCUGGGAGAGAACUAGAUGCUAGAUAGUCGUGAUGAACACUUCGAUGUCACAUUGGAGUGCUAAAGGCUACAGAAGUCUCGUCGUAUUUGUACUAGAGCCGGGCUACCAACGGAGGUGGAGGUCGGUUAAUAGUAUCA